UUGCCCCAAGGGCGUUUGCGUUUCUGAGAGCUGGCGGCGCGACCUUUGUGCACACUGAGGAGGCGCCUGCAACAAGGAAGGCAUGGCGGGGAUGCGAGCUCUGAACGUGCGGCCACGAACUUUGAGAUUUCUUCUGCUCGGCGGGAGAACAAGUAGAUACUUCUCAUCGUCAGCAACAAUGUGUGAACGGACGCACGUGAGUUACGAGGUGAAGAGCGGCGAUGUGGCUGUCGUGCGGUUCGACACGCCAAACUCCAAGGUGAACACGCUGUCCAAGCAGAUGCAGGCAGAGUUUACGGAAGUGAUGCGCGAGGUGUGGGCCAACGAGAGCGUCAAGAGCGCCGUGCUCAUCUCCAAAAAGCCCGGCUGCUUCAUCGCUGGCGCUGACAUCAAUAUGAUCGAGUCGUGCAAGUCGUCGGAGGAAGUGACCCUCCUCUCCCAGGAGGGCCAGAAGAUGCUCGCCGACCUGGAGAAGUCUUCCAAGCCCGUCGUAGCGGCCAUCAGUGGCUCGUGUCUGGGCGGAGGCCUGGAGGUGGCGAUCGCUUGCCACUACCGUGUGGCCACCAAGGACCGCAAGACUGUGCUCGCCACCCCGGAAGUGAUGUUGGGUCUACUGCCGGGCGCCGGUGGCACCCAGAGGCUGCCCAAGAUGCUGGGCCUGCCAACCGCCUUUGACAUGAUGCUGACUGGCAAGAACAUCCGUGCGGACCGUGCCAAGAAGAUGGGGCUUGUGGACCAGCUGAUCGACCCUCUAGGCCCAGGUCUGAAGAGUCCUGCAGACCGCACACUGGAGUACCUGGAGGAGGUGGCCAUCACCUGUGCGCAGGAUCUGGCUGCCAAGCGUCUCUCCAACAAGAAGAAGAAGGGACUCGUGCAGAAGGUCCAGGACUGGGUGAUGGGCUACGCAUUUGUCCGGGAGCAGAUUUACAAGAGGGUGCUAGCCAUGGUGAUGAAGCAGAGCAAAGGGCUCUACCCAGCGCCACUCAAGAUCAUUGAGGUGGUGAAGACCGGCCUGGAGCAGGGGCUUCCUGCUGGAUAUGCUGCGGAGCGCAAGGCGUUCGGGGAGCUGGCGAUGACGCGGGAGUCGAGGGCCCUCAUCGGACUCUACCACGGCCAGGUGGCCUGCAAGAAGAACCGAUUCGGUGUGCCCGAGAGACAGGCUAAAACGGUGGCGGUGAUCGGCGCCGGGCUGAUGGGUGCCGGCAUCGCGCAGGUCACCAUUGACAAGGGCGUCACCGCGAUCCUCAAGGACACCUCGACGGAGGGCUUGGGCCGGGGGCAGCAGCAGAUCUACAAGGGGCUGUCGGACAAGGUGAAGAAGAAGACGCUGUCCACGUUCGAACGUGACACAGUCCUUUCGCACCUGCACCCCCAGCUCGACUUGAGCGGCUUCCAGACGGCCGACAUGGUCAUUGAGGCCGUGUUUGAGGACCUGGAUCUCAAGCACCGCGUCAUGAAGGAGAUCGAGGCGGUGAUUCCCCCGCACUGCGUGUUCGCCAGCAACACGUCCGCUCUGCCCAUCGCGAAGAUUGCCGCCGCAAGCAAACGCCCCGAAAAGGUGAUCGGCAUGCACUACUUCUCACCAGUGGACAAGAUGCAACUGCUGGAGAUCAUCACCACCGACAAGACGUCCAAGGACACCACGGCCUCCGCCGUGGCCAUGGGCCUGAAGCAGGGCAAGGUCAUCAUCAUCGUCAAGGAUGGGCCUGGAUUCUACACCACGAGGUGCCUGGCCCCCAUGCUAGCCGAGGCCAUCAGGACCUUGCAGGAGGGCGUCAGCCCGAAGAAGUUGGACAGCCUGACGACGGGCUUCGGCUUUCCCGUGGGGGCUGCCUCGCUGGCCGACGAGGUGGGAUUGGACGUGGCGGCGCACGUGGCCGAAGACCUGGAGAAGGCGUUCGGCUCGCGAUUCGGCGGCGGGGACGUGGGCGUCCUCAAGACCAUGGUGUCCAAGGGCUUCCUGGGACGCAAGUCGGGCAAGGGCUGCUACGUGUACCAGCCGGGCAAGAAGGAGCGACAGGUGCAUGAUGGCAUGGAGCAGGUGCUGGCGCAGUUCAAGCUGGUGGCGAAGCCUGAAGUGUCAACGGACCAGGACGUGCAGCUGCGGCUGGUGAGCCGCUUUGUGAACGAGGCGGUGCUGUGCCUGGAGGAGGGCAUCCUGGACAACGCGCUGGAGGGCGACAUCGGCGCCGUCUUUGGCCUGGGCUUCCCGCCCUGCUGGGGAGGUCCGUUCAGGUUCGUGGACGCUUACGGGGCGGACAAGCUGGUGGCGCAGAUGAAGAAGUUCGAGGCGGUCUACGGGGAGCAGUUCACGCCCUGCCGGCUCCUGCUGGACCACGCCAAAGACCCCAGCAAGCGCUUCCACAAUUAGACGCGGAGCGUCCCACGCGCCCUGGGCUCCCCCAGCAGCAGAUCCGCACUGCCGUUGUCAGAGUCUAACUCGGCCGCUUGGCCCUGGUGACUUCGGUGAGACCCUGUGCGCAGGGUUGACGGUCACUGGGGGCUAGCGACUCGUGUGGCAGCCCAGGUGCAGUCGGUUCAUUUCUGGAGCAUUGUGGCUAAAUGGCUCGAUUUAGGUUACUAAAGUCAGUGUAGGGCUCGGUCUUUGUCGCCAUGCGGCUUUUACAACUACCAUACAUACAGCUGCCGUUAACACCAGUACGUGUGCCAUAUCGCAUGGUUAUGUUGAGCUUGUAAAAAGGAAGGACGCUGUGGCGAGGCGCGGUGUUGACCUUGGUUCGAUAGAGCAUUGCAUCCAUGCCGUCUUGAUCUGCUUCUGUAGACCCACUUUGGUUCUUCAUGAAUGUAAACUCCUGGGCCCAGGUGCCCGGGAGAUCUUUGAGCCCUGUCCUGUGUUCAUGUUGCUGGCACAAGGAGAGAGACUUGCAGUACUCGCCACAGCCUGCGUGGCAUUGGUCGCAAUGUCAUUUCACAACAUUUGAGCAUAUUUCACGAACCCAAGUGUGCGGUUUGCUAAACCAAAACUCCCCACGUGUACGUCAAACAAUUUAUUCCUCUGUGGGGUGGGUUGCGGGGUUCCCUUUCAAACAUGAGUACUGCACGUAAAGAGAAGGAUUUAUAGAACUGUGCAUAGUAUUACCUACGUGACCUGUUGCAGAAAAUCGUCGCUUUGUGGAAUGCUAAGUUUUUGCCACUAUGCAUAGCCGUUGCCUUGUUGCCUUGACGAACGUCAUCGGUUUUUUGUCUGCUGUAUCUUAUUAACAGCUGCCUUUUCAAUGCAAGCGACCUCUUUAAAAUGAGUGCGCUGUCGAUCGCCUGUGGUUUUUCAACUUGUAAGAUCGGUCCCUAAAAAAAAAAGUUUCUCUCCUAUGCGAAUGGAUCUUCAUUUUUGUCUUGGAUAUUUCACGCGUCACAUUUCACUUGUAUCCUUUACAUAUCUGACCCUGACUCCGCCCGCAACCAUCGAUGUGAAACGCCUACUUCAAUAAACCUUUAACAAGAAACCCUUUUCUUUACCUUGCCGUCUCUUAUGGAUGGAAAAAUUCCAUAGUGCAGACACCAAGAGGCUUAAGCUGUGUCAAGGUAUUUGGCAUGCGCGUGGUGACGAACCUAUAACGCUUAAACUACCCCCACCCCGCUUUUGCGUUUGUGGUCACGUUAACUUUUAGUACUCGCCGCACAUCUCGGUCGUAAACAAAGCCGUAAACGAAACGUAUCUAAUUUUAAUUUCAACGUGAUUUAUUUUUCGUACAUCUGUCUAUUAUUUUCCCAUUCGAAGGCUCUUGUUUGUGUGUGUGUCGGGGGCACUCGUGGCAAAGCCUCGUCGCUCUGCCAAGCAGUGGCGCCGUGCGAUGACAGCGCGUGGGUAUUUUCGUUGGCGUCCAGGUCACGCGGUGGAACCUCGUCGGUCGCCGUUGUGCUGCGCUCAAAUACUGGCUGGCGGCUCGAUGCAACGCUCGUGUGAAGAGUGAGUACAGCUGGCCCGUCACCUUCCAUUCCAGCUAUGGUGGAGGUCGUCCUAGCGAAAUGGGUGCUGUGCAACCUUUGUGUCGCAAGCCCCCCUUUUGACGUUUAUGAUUCUGGAAAUUGUGGUGAUAAUUUGGGUGAACGUCUUGAGUUUAGGGGGGGCAGGGUGGGGGGGUGAAUGGGGACGCCGAAUUUGAGACUUGGUGUCUGCAAACGCUCGAACAGCGGAGACGUGCGGAUCGCGUGCAAAGCCAACGGGUGCUGGAGUUUUUUUUGGAACUGAAGGUGAACCUUUGUGGCGCGUUCAACCCGGACAUGUCGUGUUUACGAGUCGCGUGAAAUGUAACCCCGUCACAAUAAAAACGAAUGGCCACUGGA